AGACUUUGUGCCCUCCGUAAAUUCCAACUCCAUAGUAUCUUCAUUGCGAUGGCGGUCAUAUUUCGGCUGUUUAUGGACGAGUUAUGGUCAGACGUGAGCCAAUUCGCCCUAAUUGAGUUAUGGCGACAUGGCUGCCCUGGCUCGUGUCUCGCACGAGCUCAAUGGUCUCGUCAACCCCUACCUCUACCACACGGUCCGCUUCCAUAGCCCCGGACACAUCGAUGCUCACGACAAACUUCUGAUGAAGCUGGACACGCUUGGCCACCCCGAGUUCAACAAGAUGGGGUUCAUCAAGCGAGUGAUCGUGUCGGGGACUUGGUAUUCGACGUAUGCCUCGAUCGACUCCUGGCUUGCGCCGAGGAGAAUCCUCUCCCCGGCAGCCAGGUUGCUGAGCAGUCUUCUCUGCAGCUGCGUAGUCCGUAUGCCCAACUUGGAGGAAUUCGUUUGGGACAUGCAGGUCUCCCUAACCCAGUAUCUGGUCUCGAACGUCGUCCUGCGGCCAAUGCUUCGGAAUCUACAGCUACGCAUGGGCACCGACUGCACCCCCAAGCCCUUCUUCCGACCCCCGUUGAACAUGAAGCUCUCGAUGAGCCUGACGGUGCUUUCGCUCGUGCAAGUGGACGACGUGGAAGUGAUGAGAUCAGUGGGUACGGCCGUCAAAAGCGCGACGAACCUACGGGAACUCACGAUCUGGGCGGAUAAUAAUUCCGGCAUCAGCGUCAGCACCCUAUUCGAGAGCUGGCCCACACAUCUGGCCUCGCAACUCCACCUGCUGGACCUGCGCGGCUUCGCUGCCCUAGGGGUCACGCCCGCCGACUUCUGGGCCAUGCUGCGACCGUCCCAACUCACCACUGUCACACUGGACUUCCUCAACCCGGACUCGCUCGCCACCACCGUCCGGGACUUCUGGGACGCCGGCCUCGAGGCGGAUCUCCGCCCCGUGCGGCUCACCACCGACCUCGUCGACAACUCGAUUGACGACUUCCUUCGUGCCUUCAGUGGGCUGGAGGUCUUCCAUGGCAUCCCGAUUCGCGGGCAAACGUCUAGUCAAAUGGUGGCCUCCGAGUCGCUCUUGGAGGUGCUCGAGCAGCAGCAUGGUGCCACCCUGAAGGUGCUGGGUCUGAGCCUACCGUGCCAUGAGGAUCGACCCUGCUCCUGUGUAGAGUUGCUGGCGCUGAUCGCAACCAGGCUCCCCCAGCUGGAAGAGCUUCGCAUCCGACAAAACAAAAUCGACAUGCCAGCUCUAGCUGUCAUGAAAGCGCAGACUGACAAGAUUGCAUCUCUCUCUAAACCACAGGAAGCCAUCAAGUCCGCCCUCUCCCUCCCCCAAUUGCAAGUCCUCUACAUCGACAUCCAAGACGACUUCUCGACGCCUCCCGCGGAAUUCCUGGCCGUCGUUGAAGCGCCCCUACGCGAGGGGUACGGAAAGGAGCUGCGAUAUAUUGCCUUUGGCGACGGCACCACGUACAAGUACUUGAGGGAGGUGGGCAGUUUCUCGAACGAGCCAUCUCUGGUCGGGUAUAUCCCGGGCACUGUCCUGCUCCAUGAGAAAAUGAAUGACUGGGUCGGGGCUGCUGUCUGA